CUGAGGUUGUGCAAUCAGCUGCAGCACUUCCUCAUGAAGAUCAGUCAAGGCGUGGACCAGAACCGAGCUCGAGCUUCUGAGGCUUAAAGAAACAGAACCGCGGAGUUUCAGCGAGUUUCAGAGCUUUUCUCGCAGAAACAGGAGGAUUUCUCUGCGUUUUACUGAAGACUGCGGUGGAAUUAGUGAGUAAAGACCUCGACGCUCCUGUCAGAGAGGUGUUCCUCAGAUCUGUGUGAUGAUCAGCAUGCUUUGAGGAGCAGUAAAUCGUCUUUUUUCCUUCGGCUGCUCUGAGGACAGCAGACACGGAAAUGCUAUUCGUAGCACGGACAUUGCUAGCAUGCGUCUGGAUCCAGAUCCACGUGACCUUCGCCCUGGAAACAUGUCCUGUAGUAGCCCAGCGGAGGGCUGUGGAUUUUAAUGUUGAGUAUUCAUUGCCAUAUUUCCAAACUUUAAAACCUAUACAGAAUAUUGCAGUCAACACGGACCCUCCGGAAGUUUACGUAGCGUCUCAGAAUGUGAUUGAAGCGGUAGAUGACAAUUUUGAGAAGGUAUGGGAGUGGAAAACUGGACCGGUAGACAGUCCAGAGUGUGAGACGUGCCACUGUGGACCAGGGAUUGAUCCUAAUGCGCCGGUGGAUACGGACAACCAAGUGCUUCUACUGGAUCCAUCGCCAAACUUUCGCUUCUUGUACAUUUGUGGGAGCAAUCAGUACGGAGUCUGUACCUUCAUUGAUCUUGACUCUACGCCUUUUAAUUCAAACUGUCUCUACAGGAAAGGGGAAAAUUCACCGUCAGACUGUCCUGACUGUAUCGCGAGUCCUCUAGGAACGAAAGUUAGCAUUGGGGAAGAAGGGCAAACGUCUUAUUUCUUCGUAGCAGCUAAUAUCAACAGCACAAUCGCAGGAACUUACGGCAGGAAUUCUAUUGCAGUGCGACGUCUGCUUUCAACGGAAGAUGGAUUCGACAACAGCACCGAAAGUCUGACGGUGCUUCCAGCCUUUCAGAACUCCUUCCCUAUUGAGUACAUCUACACUUUCUCCACUCUGGGCUACACCUACUUCCUGUCUGUUCAGAGAGAAAACCCCCAACAACCCAACUCCAAGCUCCAGACUCAUCUCGGACGAUUGACGAUUGGGGACAUCGAGGUGUCGAUGUAUCGGGAGAUCGUUUUGGAGUGUGAAUUCAGACCCAAGCGAAGGAAAAGGAACACAGAGUUUACCUCUUAUAACACAGCACAGGCAGCUCAUUUCAGCACAGCUACAGAAGCCCUGAUAGAAGAGCUGGGUAUUAAGCAGAACGGUGUGCUGUACAUCGUGUUUGCUAGCACAGAUAAUGCCGGGAAUCCUACUAGCAAGUCUGCGCUCUGUGCGUUUCCCAUCGAGAACAUUAACGUGGCCAUCAGGAAGGGGGAGAAGGCCUGCUGUAGUCCCAGAGAAGGACGUCUUUCCAGAGGGUUGUGUCAUUUCCAGGACUGCAAUAGCUGCCCUCAUGAGGGAGGAGACAAGUGUGAAUCCCAGCCCACCAUGGUGGCCCUGCCCCACUCCAGAACUGAUUUCUUCAAUGGGCAAAUGAGAGAGUUACUGACGUCCAUACUGGUCACAACUAUCGGCCCAGACACUGUAGCUCACAUUGGGACUGAACGUGGGAGACUGCUACAGGUCGUUCUGAGGAGAUCCAGUCCUGUGGUGUUUGCAAACUUCUCUCUGGUGGGUGUGGAGGAGAGAGUUUCCCACAUCGCUGCAGUGAGAUCUGGCGACUCGUUGCUGUUUGUGGUUGGAAACAAGAUGGUCAGUGUAUCUCCUAAUGGUCCAGGAUGUGCUCAUUUCCUGACGUGUUCAGACUGCCUGAAGGCCCCGUGGUUUAUGGGAUGUGGAUGGUGGGAGGGGACGUGUGCUCGAGUGGAAGAGUGCGGGAUACAGUGGACCAACCAAACCUGCUCUCCCUCCAUCACACAGUUUUUUCCACAGACAGCGCCCCCUGAUGGUGAGACAGAGCUCACGCUGUGUGGCUGGGACCUUCAGUCUCCUACAAAACCUGACAUCACUUCAACUACUCACCAGGUUACAGUGGGAGAGACCAACUGCUCAGUGAUACCAAAGAAAAGCAACAGCACCCAGCUGGUGUGCAGGAUCCUUCCUGGAGCUUCAGAUCUGGAUCAGAUGGUUAAGAUCAGUGUGAGGGUGGAGGAGGAACGAGUGGAGCGCAGUUACACCAUCUCUGGACAAGCAACAGUAUCAGGCUUCAGUUUUGUGACUCCAGUAAUAACCGGUAUCAGUCCUGACCGCGGGCCGAUGAUCGGAGGCAGCAGGAUCACCGUGUCGGGGAAACACCUGGAUGCGGGAGUUAGUAGGAAAGUUCAGCUGGGGGAGAAGAUCUGUCAGGUGGAAAGUGUAUCCACCAACGAGACGGGGUCCUCUGUAGUCUGUGUGACGGAGGGGAUGGACAGAGUAACAGAGGUGAACGUGACUCUUCUGAUUGAUAAAUCAGCCGUGUUAUCAGCCCAGCAGUUCAGCUACAGGGAGAACCCCAUCGUGACGGAGGUGAAGCCCACCUGUGGAUUCAGCAAAGGGUCCAGAAUCAUCAUCAUGGGGCAGAACCUGGACACACCGUCUCAGACUACAGUCUACUACAAACCCAAGAACUCAAACUCUGUUCAAAGGUUGUGUGCGGGUCCGGUCAGCUCUACACAGAUGGAGUGUGAGAGUCCGGUGUGUGAGAGUCUGGCGUGUGAGGAGCCGGACGGUGUCCUCUCUCUGGAUAUGGACGGAGCUAAAGCUCUUUAUUCUCAGCCUUUCAGCUACUUCAGCAACGGCUACCCCAUUCCCUUCGAGCACGAUGACCAUGUGUUUCAGCUGGAGGACGGACAAGAUAAAGUCUCGCUUCACCACGUUAAGCUGGGCCCGGUGAGCCACUGCAUGGACAUCAUCAUGACCAUAGCUGGAGUGGACUGCAAUGCCAAAGUUCUGUCCAAUGAGAUUUUCUGCAGAAUCCCCAAGAAUGUGAGCAUCCCCAGACAGGGGGCACCUGUGCAGGUUUGGGUUAAUGGUAAAGUGUACGAGAUCGGCCGGGUGGCGUAUGCCAGCAACAGCACAAAAGUUGGCAUUGUACUGGGUUUACUGGCAGCACUGGUUGUUGGAGCAGCUUUAGCAUAUGCAGUAAUGGACCAUUUACGCAAAAGUAAAAAAGCUAAGCAAGCAGAAGCUCGGCUCUCCCACUAUUCCGCUCGCAAUGGGAGAGAUCCAACAGCAUCACCUGUAGGAGACUACAGACGAGAAUUAUCUCGUGGGACGUUGAACAGCUCUGGCCUGGCUUUCUCCGGGCUGGUGUACUCCGGCUCUAUGGACCCGGCUGCUCUUCCUCUGGUGUCUCCGGAGGGAUUCUCCAUGUCAGCCAUGCGUCCGGCGCUGCUGGAGGAGGUGAAGGACGUGCUGAUCUCUCCAGACCGACUCAGAGUUCAGCAGGACCAGAUCAUCGGAAAGGGUCAUUUUGGAACAGUAUAUCAUGGCUACCUCACAGACUGUAACAACCAUGAGAUCCACUGUGCGGUGAAGUCCUUAAACAGGAUCUCAGAUGUGGAGGAGGUGGAGCUGUUCCUGAGGGAGGGAAUCCUGAUGAAAGCAUUUCAUCACCCUCAUGUUCUGUCCCUGCUGGGGAUUCUGCUGCCCGCUGACGGGCUCCCUCUGGUGGUGCUGCCGUAUAUGAAACACGGAGACCUCCGACACUUCAUCCGAUCUAAAGACAGGAGUCCCACAGUGAAGGACCUCAUUGGUUUUGGGCUUCAGGUUGCUAAAGGAAUGGAAUAUCUGGCUCAGAAGAAGUUUGUGCACAGAGACCUGGCAGCACGAAACUGCAUGUUGGAUGAGACGUUUACUGUGAAGGUGGCUGAUUUCGGGAUGGCGCGGGACAUCUUAGAUAAGGAGUAUUACAGCAUCCAAGACCAUAAACGAGCAAAACUGCCCAUCAAAUGGAUGGCCAUAGAGAGUUUACAGACUCAGAAAUUCACCACCAAAUCUGACGUGUGGUCGUUUGGUAUCUUAAUGUGGGAGAUGCUGACCAGAGGAGCUAGUCCGUAUCCUGAUGUGGACCCUUACGAUAUGACCCCGUAUCUACUGCAGGGGCGACGCCUCCCUCAGCCUCAGUACUGCCUCGACUCGCUGUGGUGUAUUCUGCUGCAGUGCUGGAACCCGGAGCCGGACUUCAGGCCGACCUUCUCCACGCUGGUGAAGGAUCUCCAGAGCAUCCACUCGGGUCUGGAUGGAGAACACUACGUCAACCUGCAGGUGACCUACGUUAACCUGGAGCAGCCCCGGCCCUACCCCACCAUCGCCUCGGCCACGCCCGCUCUGCUCGAGGGCCAGAGCACUGAAACACUGGACCGGUUGGACGCCUGUAUGGACCUCUAGACCUCAUCCACUGGGAUGGAGCAAGUAUGUACUGCUGCAGACUGGAGCACCUCCAAAGAGGAGGGGCUUACCUCCAAGUGGGAGUUCCACAGCUCCAAAGGGGAGGGGCUUACCUCCAAGUGGGAAGUCCACCAACAGUAUACAGCUCGAGGCUGAGAGCGCGUUUGUGCGCGAGACCUCUCUCACCACGGCUCCGGCGAAUGUCAUAAUAAAAGUCUUCCGUGAUUAUUAUUAUUACUAUUAUUCUAUUACAUCAAAUUUAAUGUUAUAUAGAAUGUACUAUAACAUUAUAUUAUAUUAUAUUAUAUUAUAUAAAAGUCUACAUCGUAAGGCAGGGAGACCUCACUCAACACAGCUCCAUUUCUCUGCCAAAUGCCACAAAAAAAGUUCUUCCGUGAUUAAAAGGCUCAUGGAUGUCUAUAAAUAUAUUAGUUGACAAUUAAUGAUUAUUUAUAUUUCUUAAAUGUCAAUAUAAUAAAAUACGUGUAGUGUGUAUGUAUUUAUAAUAUUAUUGGCUAUGAAUAAACAACUGCCUUUAUUAUUUUACUAUUUUAUAAUUUGAAAAAUUCACAGCAUUGCAAAUUUUUAAAAGUUUUAAAUAAAUAAAAUGUGGUUGCAAUGUGCACAACAUGCUUUUAGACUCUUAGAAAAUGCAUUUUAAAAUAAACAAACAUUUAAUAAACAAAAUAGAUUAAUUAAUUAAUCUUUGGGGUUAAUUACAAGCACAAAACAUUGUGAAAAACACCAUACCGCGUAACACCAAGCACCAUCCUACUUGGAGGUAUGUUCCUCCCGUUUGGAGGUGCUCCAGGCUGCAGCUAUACCCUUCUCGGAUGGAGAGACAUUUACAGCAGGAAACUGAAUGAUGGACCUGAUGAUCAGUUUCAGACUCGCGUCAGAGCGAAUAGAAGCACACGGCACUGUGAACGUUCAGGCCUUUAAAACGUCUCUGGAUCAGGAAAACGGUACGGCCGCAGUCGCUCUGGUCGUUCUCAGGUUUGUUCUAGUCAUUUUGGACUAGAUGUUUACUGUUUAAGACGAUUUAUGCAGUUACAAUACAGGCCAAAAGUUUGGACACACUUUUUUUUAUGCGUUUUCUAUA